UGACCAAGUCCCAGUGGCCGGUCAGUGUAGGCGCGAAUCUUCAGCCGGUCUGAUCGGGUUCGACAUUACUGAAAUACAAGAUCGGUUGCUCAAUUGGUGCGUAGAAAUCCGUACGCGUGCAAUGGUCAUUCUUCCACUGGUAGUAGCUCUGGAAUAGCCAACGGCUGUGGUGUUUGAUUGGAUCACGAAAAGAAUUAAAAUUCAUAUUUGGUUAACGGAUGUGCAUUCAAUGAGAAGAAUCAAUGAAAAUGCAACGAUAUAUUGUUUUGUUUGCUGCGGUUUUCCUGGACUUUGUGGUUCCAAUCCUCACGAUAAACUAUACAUGCACUGUGAACCCAGAAGGAUUCUGCAUUUUUCAAGGAGUACGAAUCAACAGCGCAGAUGAAGCGAGUGAUGUUCAGCUGAUAGCGCCGGAUUAUGAGUUAACGCGGAUAAAGUUUCGAGAAUCGGUCAUGUUCGUAUUGCCGGACAAUAUCUACAGUACGUUUCCAAAACUGCAGGAACUCCGCGUUUGGUGGCAAAACUUGCACAGUAUUUAUAUUCCUCCGAAUUUGCUGCACCUGGAUGCCGAGAGAAAUCGUAUUAAUACAAUUAGUUUUGACACGAACUCCGUUCCUAUGCUGCGGAAACUGGAGUUGGCUCAUAACAGACUAAAAGCCAUAGAAAAUAUCUCUUUUUUUGAAAAUCUCGAAAUUUUGGAUCUCUCCCAUAAUGAUCUGCGUUCAAUCGAUCUUUGCUUGUUCCAGCGCAUGAAAAAUAUUCGUAUUUUGGACUUGUCGGCUAACAACAUGGCAAUCGUGAAAAACUCCAUGCAGGCAAAACUUGAGUCUUUGACAAAUUUAUACCUGAAUGAUAAUCGUCUAUCGUACUUAGAUAUCAACGUGUUAAAGCAAUUCCCAAAUCUGGAAACGCUGCACCUUUUCAACAACGGGUUGAUGUACAUGGAAUUUGAGAAUAUGCGUACCAUGUUCCCGCGAAUCAACAUCGUGCACAUUUACGGUAACGACUGGAAUUGCGAAAAUCUGGCCGAAAUGAUUAUCUUCUUCAAAAAAAUUAACAUCAAAGAGUACAAACUGUUCAACUCUCUCAAAUGCAAGGAGAGGGCAUUGGACGGCAUUUGUUGUUCCGAGGGUAAAGCUUUGACUAUUCUGAAGAAGUCGAACCUGUACUUUUCCAGCUACGUGAACGAAUUGAAUCUGCAUUCGCAGCACAUCAUGCAAGAGAUGAAACAGUCCAAACGAGAGAUUCAGAAAUUGAUUGAAACGGAAAAUAUGACCCAGGCGUCGCUACGGGCAUUCAGCGAUGAUAUGAGUGCCAUCCGCAGCCGCAUUGAAAACAUAUCCAUGCUGGCAGCGGACAAUUCUACGCCCGCAGUGCGCCAGCGGAAACAUGAGAAGGUAGACAAAUUAGUUCAAGAGAUUUAUAAAAUCAAACAAGACUAUCAAAGCUUAAGUCGCGAGAAUCAACAGUUUCGGCAGCAAAUUGAAAGUUAUGAAAAAAUGAAAUUAGAAAUGGAUUCAAUACGAGUAUACUCUGAAGAGAUGAAAGUCAUCAUUCAGCAGCUGAAGGAGGAAAACAGCAACCUGAAGGGGGAUCUGUACCAGCUUCUUCAAGAAUUCCACGAAAUCAAAGCGAACCGAACCCAGAACGUGGUGUGACAAUUGGAGUCUAUUGGGAUAAUUGAUGUGUUCGGUAAAACCGUAGAUACAGUAGACCAACAUGUUACAAAGUAAUGUUUGAUUACUGACUCAUUGAUUGGGUACUAUCAAAUAGUAGAAAAAGUAGUUCAUUAUAUUUGCUGGACAAAAAAUGUUGGUCGAAAGUAGAAUUAGUGUUUAGUAAAGUCGAUCUUCGCUAACUGCUAGGAUUUUUUUUCGUACUGAAAGAAGCUAUUGUCUGUGACGAUAUGCUUGAUUGCUCUCGCGUAAAAUUACUGCGGUCGGGAAUUCCAACCGCGAUUUUAGAUAAUAUUGCAUCAACAGACAGCUCAAUAGGUGCAGAUAGCGAUAGGGGAACGUGUCGUCUGAUACCUUUAUGAUUAGGACUGCCUGUUGGAAAGCAACGCAAUUAUUCAGCCCACGUUAGAAUUGAUGCCGGUGCAUCUUAGUUGAAAGUCUGGUAGUUUUCGUUGCGCGCUAGUAUGUAGAAACUAUAAGUUAUUCAUAUCAUUGCAUCAGCUAGAUGAAAGUCCAAAGAUUUCACAAGUGUUCUAUUUAUUUAAUGUAUG